CUUUCCUCCUUGAAACUUAUCGACGCUAUCGCUGCCAUCGACGACUCCAUCGGCCACACGACAUGUCUGCAUCCCCCAACGACGAUCCGAUAGCUUCUGGGCAGAGCGGUGAAGGUACGUCGUCGACAAAGGCGAACGACGAGCAAGCGCAACAGCAGCAACCACAGGCAGAAGAGGAGGGGCCUAAGACGUACCAUGUGCUCGUAACCGGUUUCGGUCCCCAGCCAUUCAUGAAACACAAGACCAACCCAUCUUGGUUGGCAGUCAAGGCCUUGCAUAACAUGACGAUCUCCAGCGAUCAGUGGUUCGACGUCUUUGGCAACAUCGUCGUCGCCACACCCGGCAGCGAGAAGAAGGGUCCAGUAGGCUCAACGAGUGCUGGGACUGCGACGCCGCCGGGAGCCGCUCCUGCUCCUGUCAGCUCUCCUAUCGUUUCCCACGGGAAACGAUCCUGGGAAACGGCGAUGCUUCUUCGUACAAUCACCUCAGAGCUUCCCCAUCAGUCCCUUCUGCAUCCAAAUCGACCGUCAAGGCCUCAGCUGGGUCCUCAAAGCUCAAGAACCCACCCAUGGCGACGGUCACAAGCCCGCCUCUUCCCCCACUGCCCGAACCAGGCCCAUUCAACGUUCACAUCACCGCGCUCGAAAUCCCGGUCUUGUACGAAGCAGUUCUCGACAUCAUCCCCGGCCUCCACCUCAAACCCCCCAAGCUCCCUACCGACUCGACCUUCAUCGAGCUCCCACCCGAUUUCCCACCUGCCCCGGAAAGCGGAUAUGAUUUUAUCUUCCAUAUUGGUGUUGCUGGGAGGGGCCCGCUGAGGAUGGAGAUAAUCGGCCACAAGUUUGGGUACAACAUGAAGGAUGCGAGUGGGAACUAUUGUGCGAUUGUACCUCCCCCUUCGACGGGCGCUAAA